ACUUCCGGUUUCAGUUGCCAGUGAAGCUGGAUAUCAUCAGAGUCAACAAACUAUGCUGCUGUAAUAAUAUAUGAUUAUAUAAUGAUUGUCUCCAAAAAGUUUUGAAUGUGAAUUUAUAUGCCAUGUACAACAAAUAAGCCAUGAAAUGAAUUAAAGAUGAAUUGUAACCAUUGUCUCCAAAAAGUUUUGAGUGUGAAUUAAUAUGCCAUGUACAACAAAUAAGCCAUGAAAUGAAUUAAGUAAUGAAUUAAAGAUGAAUUGUAACCAUUUUCUCCAUAGAUACAUUGUACCAUUAAUGUUAAUUUUGCUUUAACAUAUAUAAAGAACACCUAUGCCUGAUGUAGAAUAGUAGAUAAACAAAUGAGUACCUCACAUAUUUUUACAAGAUGACAAAGUCUGUGAAUUGCUGUCUUUGUAAGAAAAGAUGCCAGCUAAAUAACAGAAGACGCUGCUUCAGUGGUGUAUUAAAGACAUUCCUAACAGAUGAAUUGCAGAGAUGUAUUCAAGAAACAGACAGGUUAUGUGCAUCUUGCACAGCAAAACUUUAUAAACAAGUAAAAAACUGCAAUAAAACAAUAAGAUCUCGCUCAAUUGAGACAAACAAUUCAGGGGAAAAAAAUGUGGCAGAUAUUCCUGGAGCAUGUGCAGCUAAUGUUUUUACAUCACCAAAGUCCAUUAGGCUAGAAAUAAAAUCCGCGCCGAAAACACACAGGUACUGCAUUGUAUGUAAAAAAGAAGGAAACAAGCGUCAUCGUCUGGUAACAAUAACAUCGGAAGCCAGAACUCAAUCAUUUAUUGAAAAAGGAAUUUUCAUUAACCAGAAAAGUCGAUGUUGCAAAAUACAUAUGGAAAGUAGGUUUUUUAAGAUUAAAGCAUUAGAUGUUUUACAGUCAUCAAAACAGCAUGAAUACUUCUCUCGUACUGACAUAACAGGUCUCUUAAAUGAUUUAAGAACAAUAAUGAAAAUGACAUCUUCACGUUUGAAUUUUGAUAUACCUGCACUCAUGACUGAAGAAAAUUAUAAUGAUUUGACAGGACUGAGUAAGGAUCAGUUUAGUGACUUACUGGGAUACAUGUCUACUGUUAGGAGUUCUGGAGUAAGGUCAGUAAGGACUUGCCUUGGAGUAUUUCUUACCAAGCUCCGUGUUGGUUUGUCAAAUAAAAUUCUUGGAACAGUCUUUGGGUUGAAAACAUCUCAGGUACAGAGAAUUAUCCAUGCAGCAAGAAGAACUUUAAUGGAAACCUUCGUUCCACAUACACUAGGUUUUCAGCAUGUAAGUCAUGGAGAUUUUGUAACAAACCAUACAACACCAGUAGCAAAGCAAUUGUUCACUACAGAUCCAAGACAAGCUGUCAUUGUCCUCGACGGCACAUACAUUUUCAUACAAAAAAGUAGUGAUUAUCAUUUCCAGAGAAUGUCUUACAGCAUGCACAAACACCGCCCAUUGGUCAAACCAAUGAUAAUUGUAGGAACUGACGGCUAUAUCUUGUCAAUCUUAGGGCCUUAUUUUGCAGACGGCCACAAUAACGAUGCAUCCAUAACAAAACAUGCCAUAACUAACAACUUGGAGAACAUAACAGCAUGGUUGCAGGAUGAUGAUAUUUGCAUUGUGGAUAGGGGCUUCAGGGAUGCAGUUCAGUACUUGGAAGAUCAGGGGUAUAUGGUUAAGAUGCCUGUUUGUCUGGUAAAAGGGAAAAAGCAGUUAACAACUAACGAAGCUAAUCUGACUCGCUUAGUUACUAAAUGUCGCUGGGUUGUAGAAAGCACAAAUGCCAGAUUGAAACAGUUUCAUUUCUUUGAAAAGGUGGUUCCAAAUACCAUGAUUUCCAGUAUUGGUGAUUUAGUAAAGAUUACUGGUGGUAUACUGAAUAAGUACAAACGACCUCUUGUCUGCAAUCCUGAACAUGAAGAAGUAGCUAAGAAGAUGCUUGACCGCUCUGUCUUACAGAACAGUUUGCAAACUUAUGUAGAAGAGAACAACUUGAUAAGAAGGAGAACUGUUUACUUACCAAUUAAUGCUUCUGGCACAGUACUUGAAAAUUUUCCAAAGCUGACAGAGGAAAUAUUAAGGGAUAUCACUUUAGGUAUAUACCAACUUAAACAGGCACCAGGAUACACAAGGGAACAUCUCUCUGAAUCUGGAAAUUAUGAACUAUUACUUUGCAAAGAAUCUGAAACUCUUCUGCAAGUCAAAAUUCAAUCAAGACAUUCCAAAUCUACCAUCCAUACAUUAUGGAUUGACUACAAUGCUGGGUCAAGUGAGGAGAAGCCUGUAAAUGGAUGGUACUGCACAUGCAAAGUUGGGGCUAGGAUGGUGGGCUGCUGUGCACAUGUGGCAAGUGUGCUGUGGUAUUUGGGACUAGAGAGGCACAUGAAAAGUCUCAAGCCAUCACGUUUAUCAGGAAAUACCUCCAUAUCAUAUGCACAUACCGGUACACUGUCAGAUAAUCCCUCAUCAACAGCUGGUAUUGAAGAGUAGACAAUAGUUUCCUUAUCAGUAUAACCUAAUUAACAUUAAUUAGUAAAUAGAUGAAGUUUAUUUGUAUUUAGAUAUUUAAUUGCUUGAAGUUCAUAUGUUAUCUGAUAAUUAUCUGUCUCCUUAUUUAUAAAUAAGAACUUCAAAUCAAAGUAUUUACCUGUAAAUUGGGAAAUCUAUAUAUAGCUAGGAACUUUUACAGAUGACAACAAAGCUUGAAUAAUUAAUUAGUAAAUGCUAUUUCUUAUAAAAACCAUUUGUAACAGGAAAUCUAAAAACUAAAUACUGGUAGCUUGUAUUUAUAUUGCAUAUUUCAUGAAAAACCAAAAUAUUUUUUAAAUAUGUCACUUGUAGGUUUUAUAAGAACUUUAAUAUGGUACAAAAUAUGGACCUCAAUCAGAAUAGACCUUUGAUUUUUUUAUUCUAAUAACUGCAUUAAUGGCCUAGUCUAUUUAUCCAUAAAUCUUUCACAGACAAUUUUUUUUCAUAAAGUUCUUUGGAAUUUGCACAUAUUUAGACAUGUUUCUAGUCAUUACAUGAAUACAAAUAAUUUAAUUAGUGGAAUUAUGACAUUCAAAACAAAGUCUUUGUCAUAAAAAAAUCAUGUUUGAUUUUGCUUGUUGACUAUAGUCGUUUUCUGAAAAUUAUCAAAUUGCAUUUAAUAAUUUUAUUUGAGUAUAUUUAAGUGUGUGUGAAUGAUGUCCAUUUACUUUAGAGAGGGACUAUUUUUUCAUGCUUAAGUAUGAUUCAGUUAACUCUGAUUUUGUUAAUUUUUAAAUUCCACAAUCAAAUACUAUACAAAUAAUCUAUUUAAAAUACUCAUGAUACAUGGAGGAAAUUCUAUUUAAAAGAGAGAAAGAGUAAAAGAAAGAACAAGAGAUAAAGAAAGAGAGAGACAAUGUGUGUGUGUGUGUAAGUUGAUAUCCCUGCUAUUUAUGAUGCACUUUAUUUGAUUGAAUACACUGUGUUUCAAUGAUAGUAUAUGGUACAUAGAGAGAUUUACAGAGAAAGAGAGAGGCAAAGUGUGUGUGUGUAAGUUCAUAUCCCUGUUACUUAUAAUCAUUUUAAUGUAGACAGACAGACAGACAGACAGACAGACAGACAGACAGACAGACAGACAGACACUGUUACUUAUAAUGUAUUUAUUUUAUUGCAUUUCAAUGAUAGUAUGGAAAAUUAAAAUGAUAUUUGUUUUUAAA